UAUGGGAUAGCGAUGGCGGUCCGCUGUACGCAGGUUGGACGCGGUUAGCUUGGUGUUUUUAGGGUAAAUAUCUUCAUUUAGUGUCUUAUUUCUGAUUUUACCCGCCGCGCUGAGACCUGCUGUAUAUCCCGGAGUGUAUUAGUGUGAGAGACAGGCACUGAGAUAUUAUGCAAGAGACCAAUGGGUUCUUCACACCAGCUUUUUAAAUAAGAUAAGAACCUCUACACUACUGCACUACAGCGACGGAUCACAGCUCCUCUGAAAGAUGGAGGAGGACGACGCCUCGCUGCACCGGUUAGCGGGCAGUGACCCGGGUGCUCAGGUCGGGGGGCUGAUAGUGAAGAAGAAGAGUGCUGCAGCGGAGCAGCAUGUGUUCCGGGCUCCGGCGCCGCGGACCUCUCUGCUGGGCCUGGAUCUGCUGGCGGCUCAGAAACGCAAGGAGCGUGAGGGAAAGGAGCAGCUGAACGCAGAGCUGGAUGAUCAAAGGUCCAAAAAGUCCAAGGUGUCGUCCUACAAAGACUGGGAGGAGGGAAGGAGUGACUCUGGGUCUGAUGAAGAGGAUGAUGAGGGGGAUAAAAGCAGAAAUGGGAGGAAGGAGAGCAGGAGAUACCGAACAACAGGCUCAGAAACUCCCUCUAAUCCUGGGGGAGUGAGUGAAGAGUUCCGUAAGAAACACCAGCAGCGGGAGAGAGACCGCCGGGAACACGGAGUUUACGCCUCGUCCAAAGAGGACAAGAGCAGAGACAGAGACCGAGAGCGAGAUCGGGACAGAGACCGGAGAAGUGAUCGAGAUGACCGAGAGCGGAGCCGGAGUCGGGGUUCGAGCAGCAGUAGGUCUGAGCACGGGGACGGCAGUGUACGGAGCGAGCGCUCUCUGAGGGACGGCUGGUCUGAUCGCCUGAGUCGCGGGAGCCGCAGAGAAGAGCCUGAAAGUCCUCGCAAUCGACCCAGAGAUACUACAACACCGUCUCGCUCCAGCUGGGAUGAAGAUGACAGCGGCUACGCCAGCUCACGCCGCUCCCACUGGGAGAGCCCCUCUCCGGCCCCGUCCCACCGGGAGUCAGAGCGCUCCGAGCGCAGCCAGAGAUCAGUACGGGAGAGCGAGAGGAGAGACAAGUCAGUGAGAGCUCGUUACCCAGACGACACGCCUCUCCCCACCCCCUCAUACAAAUACAACGAGUGGGCCAAUGACCGGAAACAUCUCGGCUCCACCCCUCGGCUCUCCAGAGGGAAAGGUAAAAAGGAAGACGGAGAGGAUGGCAUUUCCUUUGAUAAUGAAGAUGAGAAGGAGCAGUGGGAGGAGGAUCAGAGGCAAGCGGACAGAGACUGGUACAUGAUGGACGAGGGUUACGACGAGUUCCACAACCCCCUGACCUCCAGCUCUGACGAGUACGUACAGAAGAGAGAGCAGAUCUUACAGAAGCAGACGCAGAAGAGAAUAUCUGCUCAGAAACGGCAGAUUAAUGAGGAUAAUGAACGCUGGGAGACGAACCGAAUGUUAACCAGUGGUGUCGUCCAGCGGCUGGAGGUGGACGAGGAUUUUGAAGAAGACAACGCCACCAAAGUCCACCUGCUCGUCCACAACCUGGUUCCUCCUUUCCUGGAUGGUAGAAUUGUCUUCACCAAGCAGCCUGAGCCCGUCAUUCCUGUGAAAGAUGCCACCUCAGAUAUGGCCAUCAUCUCCCGGAAGGGCAGCCAGCUGGUGCGCAAACACAGAGAGCAGAAGGAGCGCAAGAAGGCUCAGCACAAACACUGGGAGCUGGCUGGGACCAAGCUUGGGGACAUUAUGGGCAUCAAGAAAAAGGAAGAUGGUUCUGAGGAGAAACCUGUUGGAGAGGACGGUGCUGUAGAUUACAGGGCGGAGCAGAAGUUUGCUGAUCACAUGAAGGAGAAGACCGAGGCCAGCAGUGAGUUUGCUAAGAAGAAGACUCUGCUGGAGCAGAGACAGUAUCUGCCCAUCUUCGCUGUCCGGCAAGAGCUCCUCAACAUCAUCAGGGAUAACAGCAUUGUUAUAGUGGUGGGAGAGACAGGCAGUGGGAAGACCACCCAGCUGACGCAGUACCUGCACGAGGACGGAUACACCAGCUACGGGAUGGUGGGCUGCACUCAGCCCCGCAGAGUCGCUGCUAUGAGUGUGGCCAAGAGAGUCAGCGAGGAGAUCGGGAGCAACCUGGGAGAAGAGGUUGGUUAUGCGAUCCGUUUUGAGGACUGUACCUCUGAGAAGACUGUGAUUAAGUACAUGACUGAUGGGAUUUUGCUGCGAGAGUCUCUGAGGGAGUCGGAUUUGGAUCAUUACAGUGCCGUGAUCAUGGACGAGGCUCACGAGCGCUCCCUCAACACGGACGUGCUGUUCGGACUGCUCCGAGAGGUGGUGUCCAGACGCUCUGAUCUGAAGCUCAUCGUCACGUCCGCCACCAUGGACUCGGAUAAAUUUGCAGCGUUCUUCGGAAACGUUCCCAUCUUCCACAUUCCCGGCAGGACCUUCCCCGUGGACAUCCUGUUCAGUAAGACUCCUCAGGAGGACUAUGUGGAGGCUGCAGUAAAGCAGGCCUUGCAGAUUCAUCUCAGUGGAAUGGUGGGAGACAUCCUCAUCUUCAUGCCUGGUCAGGAGGACAUUGAGGUGACCUCAGAUCAGAUUGUAGAGCGUUUGGAGGAUCUGGAGAACGCUCCUCCACUUGCGGUUCUUCCCAUCUAUUCUCAGCUGCCCUCAGACCUGCAGGCCAAGAUAUUCCAGAAGGCCCCAGAUGGUGUGAGGAAGUGCAUUGUUGCCACAAACAUUGCUGAAACAUCACUGACUGUAGAUGGCAUCAUGUUUGUUGUGGAUUCUGGCUACUGCAAACUCAAGGUGUUCAACCCGCGCAUUGGUAUGGAUGCUCUGCAGGUUUACCCCAUCAGCCAGGCCAAUGCCAACCAGCGUGCAGGCAGAGCCGGGAGAACAGGGCCUGGCCAGUGCUACAGGUUAUACACUCAGAGUGCCUUCAAGAACGAGAUGUUGACCACCACCAUCCCAGAGAUCCAGCGCACCAACCUGGCUAAUGUGGUUCUGCUGCUGAAGUCUCUGGGAGUGCAGGACCUGCUGCUCUUCCACUUCAUGGACCCGCCCCCUGAAGACAACAUGCUCAAUUCCAUGUACCAGCUGUGGAUCCUGGGCGCUCUCGACAACACGGGCGCUCUGACUCCCACUGGGCGGCUGAUGGUGGAGUUUCCUCUGGAUCCAGCUCUGUCCAAGAUGUUGAUCGUGUCGUGUGAUAUGGGCUGCAGUGCCGAUAUCCUCAUCAUCGUCUCCAUGCUCUCUGUGCCCACCAUCUUCUACAGACCAAAGGGCCGUGAGGAGGAGAGCGACCAGGUGAGGGAGAAGUUUGCUGUACCUGAGAGCGAUCACCUGACCUACCUCAACGUCUACCUGCAGUGGAAGAACAACAACUACUCCAGCAUCUGGUGUAACGAGCACUUCAUUCACACCAAGGCCAUGCGCAAGGUGCGGGAGGUGCGAGCCCAGCUGAAGGACAUCAUGGUGCAGCAGAAGAUGAACCUGACCUCCUGCGGCUCUGACUGGGACGUGAUCAGGAAGUGCAUAUGUGCGGCUUAUUUCCACCAGGCAGCCAAACUGAAGGGUAUAGGGGAGUAUGUGAACGUCAGGACCGGGAUGCCCUGCCACCUCCACCCCACAAGCUCUCUGUUCGGCAUGGGCUACACCCCCGACUACAUCACCUACCACGAGCUGGUCAUGACCACCAAGGAGUAUAUGCAGUGUGUGACGGCGGUGGACGGUGAAUGGUUGGCGGAACUCGGCCCAAUGUUCUACAGCAUCAAACACGCCGGCAAGAGCAGACAGGAGAACCGGCGGAGAGCUAAAGAGGAGAUCACCAACAUGGAGGAGGAGAUGUCUCUGGCCGAGCAGCAGCUCCGGGCUCGGAGAGAGGAGCAGGAGAGGAAGAGCAGCUUGGGCAGCACGAGGUCAGUAAAGAUCUGCACCCCAGGCCGACGGGAGGAGGUGCCCAUGACUCCGAAGCGAACCCCAGCUCGGUUUGGACUCUAGUUUUAGCACGUGUUUAUUCAAUCAUAUCAAGCAGAUCAUCCUACAGACUUCAGAGGCUGAAGACAAGCAUCCAUUUCACAGACUGCUGCAGGUGCACCUUCCUGCUCUGGCCAGCAGUAGGAGCACUUGUAUAAGGGAAAGGCAGGGAAAGAAGAAGAGAGACAGUGGGCUGGCAGGAUUUUUUUUAUUUUGUAUUUCCAGGUUCUUUAAACAUCUUUGCAGAUUUAAAUGUAUAAACAUGUAUUUACUUGUCACAGUCUUCAGGUUGAGGGUAUCAAAGCUCAGAUACACAAUGUGUUCUGAGAAAAGGCAAGGCUUUGUUUUGUGAUGGGCCAAUAAAAAUCUGCGGUAGUGUUGUACACUGAGGGUUACACAUAACGGUACUCGAGACGGUAAUAAACAUUGUUAAAAGUAAUGUCUCAAAUAAUUGACGCUUGUAAAGAAAGAAAUGUAAUGCAUAGAAUUGUCAACAAUGAAUAAGAUAGUCACUUAAGAAAAGUGUAAUGACAAGUGUCAAUUAUUCAGUAAGUACUGUUAUGAGCGUACCUUUAUUUUCCAUUUCUUGUGUGUUUUGUUUGAGGCUGCAUUCUAUUUAAACUCAGAUGUUGGUGAGGCAGAAUCUCUCAUGUAGCAAAUUUGACCUGCAUUUUUUCCACAAAUUUAAUUUCCUACUUGGGAGAUUUUCAGCAACCCGCCAAGAUCAAUAAUUAGACUUACAACUUCUUACAAUAGUGAUACACACUUGUAUUGUGUUUGGAUGUGCACAAUACAUGUCUAGGCUUUGCAUUAUUCAUUAUUAAACAUGUCCAUAGCUAGAGGUGUGUAGCACUGUUUUAACAAGUAUGACAACUACAUGUGUAAUAAACUGUCUGAUUUGCUCUGUGUGUGUUGGUGAGAUUGUCAUACCUGUCUGGCAAGAGCUACCUGUUGGCUGACAGUGCCUCUAUGGAUAUAUAUAUGUUACCAUAUGUAUAUAUAUAUAUAUAUAUAUAUAUAUAUAUAUGCAACGAGACCAUACAACGAGAUGUAGGAUACCGUGGAAUAUAUCACUCGUACAUCAGGGUAUAUGGGUUAACUAUCACUAUACACAUAAUGUGUUCUAUAUUAGACAUAUCUUCAUGAUAGUGUGUGUGUGUGUGUAUAUAUAAUAGGACCGAUAGGUACGUACAUACCUAAGGGUCAGUAAAUAGUAUCUGUGUGUAUCUAACAUAUAUCUAGAUGGAUAGAUAUAUAUAUACACACACACACAUACUACUUAAUAACCCUUAGCUAUGUAUCUAUCUAUCCUUAUAUAUAUAUAUCUCUACUACCUAUCUAUCAAUGUCUCUAUCUGACAAACAACUGUCACUAUAUACUUACCAACAACAAAAUCCUGUGGCAUCGCUCCCGACACAUGCAUCUAAAUGGAAUGGAGCAUUAAACAUUAUGUGAUUAGAGCUAAGCUAUGUCUUGUUUAUUGGACAUUUCAUACCUAGUUAAA